AUGUCACUACGGUUACUUGCCAACACUGGUAGAGUACGUAAUAUUAAUGACCAAUAUAAUAAUGAUCUAAAUAAAGAGAUUGUCAAGGAAUUGGAGGCUCAUUUGCGCGAGAUUCGUCAUCAAAGGAGUUGGCUAGAGAUCCGCAUGCAAGCAUGCAAGGCAUUUGAAUAUUCGUUAUUAGUUUUAGAAUUAUGCAUGAUCAUUUAG